AUGCUUGCAGUGCACCUGACGGCGUUUUUCUUCACCAAGCUGAAGGAGGAUCAGAUCAAGAAGGUCGACAGGUUCCUCUACCACAUGAGACUGUCCGAUGAGACGCUGCUGGACAUCAUGGCGCGGUUCCAGGCCGAGAUGCGGAAGGGCCUGGGGAAGGACACCAACCCCACCGCCUCGGUGAAGAUGCUCCCCACCUUUGUCAGGGCCAUUCCAGACGGCACCGAAACUGGGGAGUUUCUUUCCCUGGAUCUUGGAGGGUCCAAAUUUCGAGUCUUGAAGGUACAAGUCUCUGAAGAGGGGAAACGCAACAUCCAUAUGGAGAGUCAGUUCUACCCAACCCCCAAUGAAAUCAUCCGAGGGAACGGCUCAGAGCUGUUUGAAUACAUAGCUGACUGUCUGGCAGAUUUUAUGAAGACCAAAGGGUUGGAGCAUAAGAAACUGCCCCUGGGCCUGACUUUUUCUUUCCCCUGCAGACAGACUAAAUUGGAAGAGGGCAUCCUGCUCUCCUGGACGAAGAAGUUUAAGGCACGGGGCGUUCAGGACACAGAUGUUGUGCGCACGCUAAAAAAGGCCAUGAAGAAGCACAAGAACCUAGAUGUGGACAUCCUGGCCUUGGUCAACGACACUGUAGGGACUAUGAUGACAUGUGCCUUUGAUGAUCCACACUGUGAAGUCGGUGUCAUCAUUGGCACCGGCACCAAUGCGUGCUACAUGGAGGAUCUGAGCAACAUUGACCUUGUGGAGGGCGAUGAAGGUCGGAUGUGCAUCAAUACAGAAUGGGGGGCCUUUGGGGAUGACGGGGCCCUGGAAGACAUUCGCACUGAAUUCGACCGGGAACUGGACCUUGGCUCUCUCAAUCCAGGGAAGCAACUCUUCGAGAAGAUGAUCAGCAGCCUGUACCUGGGAGAACUCGUCAGGAUCAUCUUGCUAAAGAUGGCUAAGACUGGCCUCCUGUUCAACGGCAAGAUCUCCUCUGCUCUGCACACGAAGGGCAAGAUCGAAACCCGCCAUGUGGCUGCCAUGGAGGAGUACAAGGAAGGCCUUGCCAAUACCAGAGAGAUCCUGACCGACCUGGGCCUGGAGCCCUCAGAGGCUGACUGUGUUGCUGUCCAGCACGUUUGCACCGUGGUCUCCUUCCGCUCAGCCAGCCUCUGUGCAGCUGCCCUGGCCGCCAUCCUGGCGCGGCUCCAGGAGAACAAGAAGGUGGCACGGCUCCAGACCACAGUGGGCAUGGACGGGACACUCUACAAGAUCCACCCACAGUACCCCAAGCGCCUGCACAAGAUGGUGAGGAAGCUGGUCCCCAGCUGUGAAGUCCGCUUCCUCCUGUCCGAGAGUGGCAGCACCAAGGGGGCAGCCAUGGUGACCGCGGUGGCCUGCCGCCUGCAGGCCCAGCGGAAGCAGAUAGACCAGGUGCUGGCUCAGUUCCGGCUCACCCACCAGCAGCUUGCGGGCAUCCGGGACAAGAUGCGGGGAGAGCUCGAAUAUGGGCUGAAGCGAGACACACAUGGGAAGGCCACUGUCAAGAUGCUGCCCACCUACGUGUACGGGGUGCCCGAUGGCACAGAGCAUGGAAAGUUCCUCGCUCUGGACCUGGGGGGAACCAACUUCCGGGUGCUGCUGGUGAAGAUCAGAAGCGGGCGAAGGUCGGUGCGAAUGUACCACAAGAUCUUCGCCAUCCCACUGGAAAUCAUGCAGGGCACAGGCGAGGAGCUGUUCGACCACAUCGUGCAAUGCAUCGCCGACUUCCUGGAGUAUAUGGGCCUCAAGGGGGCGCAGCUACCCCUGGGCUUCACCUUCUCCUUCCCCUGCAGCCAGACCAGCAUCGACAAGGGAAUCCUCAUUGGCUGGACCAAAGGCUUUAAGGCCACCGACUGUGAGGGGGAGGAUGUGGUGGACAUGCUGAGAGAAGCCAUUAAGAGGAGAAAUGAGUUUGACCUGGACAUAGUUGCCAUUGUGAAUGACACUGUGGGGACCAUGAUGACCUGUGGCUACGAGGAUCCUAACUGUGAGAUCGGCCUGAUUGCAGGAACGGGCAGCAACAUGUGCUACAUGGAGGAGAUGCGGAACAUUGAGGUGGUGGAAGGAGAUGAAGGGAAGAUGUGUAUAAACUCCGAGUGGGGAGGAUUUGGGGAUAACGGCUGUCUGGAUGACAUCCGCACACAGUACGACAAGGAGGUGGACGAGGGCUCCUUGAAUUCUGGCAGGCAGAGGUACGAGAAGAUGACCAGUGGCAUGUACCUGGGGGAGAUCGUGCGGCAGAUCCUCAUUGACCUGACCAAUCAGGGCCUUCUCUUCCGCGGGCAGAUUUCAGAGCGUCUCCAGACCAGGGGCAUCUUUGAGACCAAGUUCCUGUCCCAGAUUGAAAGUGACCGGCUGGCCCUCCUGCAGGUCCGGAGCAUCCUGCAGCAGCUCGGCCUGGACAGCACCUGUGAGGACAGCAUCGUGGUGAAGGAGGUGUGUGGGGCCGUGUCCCGGCGUGCGGCCCAGCUCUGUGGCGCUGGCCUGGCCGCUGUGGUUGAGAAGAGAAGACAGGACCAGGGGCUGGAGCACCUGCGAAUCACCGUGGGCGUGGACGGCACCCUGUACAAGCUGCACCCACACUUCUCUCGGAUCCUGCAGGAAACCGUGAAGGAGCUGGCGCCGCAGUGCGACGUGACGUUCAUGCUGUCGGAGGAUGGCAGUGGGAAGGGAGCUGCUCUCAUCACCGCCGUGGCCAAGAGGUUACAGCAGGCGCAGAAGGAGCACUAGGGGCCUGCAGGGCGGGGCAGGACGGCCCUUGGAUACUGACCAGCGUUGCCUCUGGCCGAUGAAUCCAUUAAGAAGCCACAAGCAAGCUUCU